UAAUAUGGACAUACAAGCCUUGGUUUCCCAGGAGGAAAAUUGUAAGAGACAGCAGCUCCAGUGCACCUCUUGAGCGGCCUGCCAAGGAGGGGCGUGAGACUCGGCUACUGCAUCAGUCCAGGUGGGGUCUCCUGAGCGCAACCACCCUCCCCCAGGCUCUCAUCUCUGCACCUCGAAGGGACCCUCGCCCACUUCCUUGGAGCUCCCGGACCCGGGACCUUUUAUUCCGCCAGUGACAGUGGGCGCCUCGCGGGCUGAGGCCCGGCGCCUGCUCUACUGCCCGCGCUGCCUUUAGCGGUCGCCUCCGCUGCCGCUGCCAGGGACGUGCUGGGAAAACCGAAGCCCCGGGAGAAGAUGCCGGCCAUCCUGGUCGCCUCCAAAAUGAAGUCGGGACUGCCCAAACCGGUGCACAGCGCCGCACCCAUCCUGCACGUGCCCCCGGCCCGGGCCGGCCCCCAGCCCUGCUACCUCAAAUUGGGAAGCAAGGUGGAGGUGAGCAAGACCUCCUACCCUAGCCAGAUUCCCCUAAAAUCGCAGGGGUUGCAGGAGCCGGCGGGGGAGGGGCUCCCACUGCGGAAGAGUGGCUCUUUCGAAAACGGGUUCGAUACCCAGAUCUACACGGACUGGGCCAACCACUAUCUAGCCAAAUCAGGCCACAAACGCCUCAUCAAAGAUCUCCAGCAAGAUGUGACGGAUGGUGUCCUCCUCGCCCAGAUCAUCCAAGUUGUGGCAAAUGAGAAGAUUGAAGACAUCAAUGGCUGUCCAAAGAACAGAUCACAAAUGAUUGAAAACAUAGAUGCCUGCUUGAAUUUCCUGGCAGCUAAAGGAAUAAACAUCCAGGGGCUGUCUGCGGAAGAAAUCAGGAAUGGAAAUCUCAAGGCCAUCCUAGGCCUCUUCUUCAGCCUCUCCCGGUACAAGCAGCAACAGCAGCAGCCACAGAAGCAGCACCUCUCCUCGCCACUGCCAACCGCCGGGUCCCAGCCAGCUGGCACCCCCUCCCAGGGCCAGGCUGGCACGCCUCAGCAACAGGUGCCAGCCACUCCCCAAGCCCCGUGCCAGCCUCACCAGCCACACCAACCUGUGCUCCAUCAGCAGUCAAAAGCACAAGCUGAAAUGCAGUCCAGACUUCCAGGUCCUACUGCGAGGGUAUCAGCUACAGGCAGUGAGGCCAAAACACGUGGCACUGGGGUCUCCACUGCUAACAACCGACGCAGCCAGAGCUUUAACAACUACGACAAAUCCAAACCAAUCACCUCUCCGCCUCCUCCACCAAGCAGCCAUGAGAAAGAACCAUUGGAAAGCCCAGCCUCCUCCCAGCCCGGAAUGAGCGACAAUGCACCUGCCGGUGUGGACAGCAGCAGCUCGAGCCCCGCUAACUGCAGCACCUCCUCAGCCAUCCCCCAGCCCGGGGCGGCCUCCAAGCCCUGGCGUAGCAAGGCCCUCAGUGUGAAGCACAGUGCCACGUCCUCCAUGCUCUCCGUUAAGCAGCCUGUGCCCGAGACCCCCAGACCCACCCCGGAAGCCAUCAAGCCCACCCCCAACAAUCAGAAGUCCAUGCUGGAAAAGCUCAAACUCUUCAACAGUAAAGGGGGCUCCAAGGCGGGUGAGGGCCCAGGGUCCCGGGACACGAGCUGCGAGCGGCUGGAGAUCCUGCCCAGCUUUGAAGAGAGCGAGGAGAUGGAGGCUGCCGGCCGUGCGCUCUCGGCCGCAGGCCCCGCGUCCAGCAGCCCCAAGAUCGCACUCAAGGGGAUCGCGCAGAGGACUUUUAGCCGAGCGCUGACCACCAAGAAAAGUUCCCCGAAAGGCACCGAGAAGGAGAAACAACAGCGGGAGAAGGACAAGGAAAAGUCCAAGGACCUCACCAAGAGAGCCUCAGUGUCAGACAGGCCCGAGCUCAAAGAAGAACCGAAAGAAGACCCCAGUGCAGCAGCCGGGACCGAGAUGCCAAAAAAGUCCUCCAAGAUCACCAGCUUCAUCCCCAAAGGGGGGAAGCUCAGCAGUGCCAAGAAGGAGGCUACAGCCCCUUCCCACAGUGGAAUACCAAAACCAGGGAUGAAGAGCACGCCUGGCAAGUCCCCAAGUGCCCCCGCCCCUUCCAAGGAAGGGGAGCGCAGUCGGAGUGCGAAGCCAAGCUCAGGGCUCCCCCAGCAGAAGCCCCAGCUGGACGGCCGACACUCCAGCUCCUCAUCCAGCCUGGCUUCCUCCGAAGGCAAAGGCCCUGGAGGGAGCACCCUGAACCACAGCAUCAGCAGCCAGACCGUCAGUGGGUCAGUGGGAUCCACCCAGACCACAGGGAGCAAUACUGUCAGUGUCCAGCUACCUCAGCCCCAGCAGCAAUACACCCAUCCCAACACUGCCACAGUUGCGCCUUUCCUGUACAGGUCUCAGACGGACACUGAAGGGAAUGUCACUGCCGAGUCCAGCUCCGCAGGCGUGAGCAUGGAGCCCAGCCACUACACCAAGAGUGUGCAGCCCGCCCUGGAGGAGCUCACCGGGGAAGAUCCGGAGGCUCGGCGACUGCGGACAGUGAAGAACAUUGCUGAUCUGCGGCAGAACUUAGAGGAGACCAUGUCCAGUUUACGGGGAACUCAGGUUACACACAGCACAUUGGAAACCACUUUUGACACCAACGUCACCACAGAGAUCAGCGGACGAAGUAUCCUCAGCUUGACCGGAAGGCCUACCCCACUGUCCUGGAGACUUGGCCAGUCCAGCCCCCGCCUCCAAGCAGGAGAUGCCCCCUCUAUGGGCAAUGGAUACCCCCCUCGAGCCAACGCCAGCCGGUUCAUCAACACCGAGUCGGGUCGCUACGUGUACUCUGCCCCACUGAGAAGACAGCUGGCUACCAGGGGCAGCAGCAUCUGCCAUGUGGACGUCUCGGACAAGGCAGGAGAUGAAAUCGAGCUGGAAGGCAUCAGCAUGGACGCCCCCGGCUACAUGAGCGACGGGGAUGUUCUGAGCAAGAACAUCCGGACCGAUGACAUUACAAGUGGGUACAUGACAGAUGGUGGACUUGGCCUCUACACCCGUCGCCUGAACCGGCUCCCUGAUGGGAUGGCAGUGGUGCGAGAGACUCUGCAACGCAAUACCUCCCUGGGCCUUGGAGAUGCUGACAGCUGGGAUGACAGCAGCUCCGUCAGCAGUGGAAUCAGUGACACCAUAGACAACCUCAGCACUGAUGACAUCAACACCAGCUCCUCCAUCAGUUCCUAUGCCAACACGCCUGCCUCAUCCCGCAAAAACCUGGAUGUGCAGACUGAUGCUGAGAAGCACUCGCAGGUGGAGAGGAACUCCCUGUGGUCUGGUGAUGACAUCAAGAAGUCAGACGGAGGGUCAGACAGUGGCAUAAAGAUGGAGCCGGGCUCCAAAUGGAGGCGGAAUCCCUCUGACGUGUCUGAUGAAUCCGACAAAAGCACGUCGGGCAGGAAGAACCCUGUCAUCUCCCAGACAGGCUCAUGGCGGCGAGGCAUGACAGCUCAGGUGGGCAUCACCAUGCCCAGGACGAAGCCCGCCGCCCCAGCGGGAACACUGAAGACCCCAGGAACUGGAAAAACAGACGAUGCCAAGGUGUCGGAGAAAGGAAGGCUGUCUCCCAAAGCCUCCCAGGUGAAGCGUUCCCCAUCAGAUGCGGGUCGCAGCAGCGGGGACGAGUCCAAAAAGCCCCUUCCCAGCAGCUCCCGGACACCCACUGCCAAUGCCAACAGCUUCGGAUUCAAGAAGCAGAGCGGCUCGGCGGCCGGUCUGGCCAUGAUCACGGCCAGCGGGGCCACUGUCACGAGCAGGUCAGCCACACUGGGCAAGAUCCCGAAGUCGUCUGCCCUUGUGGGCCGGUCUACUGGCCGGAAGACAAGCAUGGAUGGGGCCCAGAAUCAGGACGAUGGGUACCUGUCUCUUAGCUCUCGGACAAACUUACAGUACCGAAGUUUGCCACGGCCGAGUAAGUCCAACAGCCGCAGUGGAGCUGGGAACAGGUCUAGUACCAGCAGCAUAGAUUCCAACAUCAGCAGCAAGUCAGCAGGACUGCCAGUACCCAAGCUGAGGGAGCCUUCUAAGACGGCCCUGGGCAGCUCUCUCCCAGGCCUGGUCAACCAGACGGACAAGGAGAAAGGCAUCUCGUCAGACAACGAGAGUGUGGCCUCUUGUAACUCAGUGAAGGUGAACCCAGCUGCCCAGCCUGUGUCCAGUGCGGCUCAGGCCACUCUACAGCCCGGGGCCAAAUACCCAGAUGUGGCCUCUCCCACACUGCGCAGACUCUUUGGUGGGAAGCCUACCAAGCAAGUGCCCAUCGCCACAGCUGAAAACAUGAAAAAUUCGGUGGUCAUCUCCAAUCCUCACGCCACCAUGACCCAGCAAGGUAACUUAGACUCCCCCUCGGGCAGUGGCGUCCUGAGCAGCGGGAGCAGCAGUCCUCUCUACAGCAAGAAUGUGGACAUCAACCAGUCUCCUCUAGCCUCCAGCCCCAGCUCAGCCCACUCGGGCCCUUCCAACAGCCUCACCUGGGGCACCAACGCCAGCAGCUCCUCGGCCGUUAGCAAGGACGGCCUGGGCUUUCAGUCUGUCAGCAGCCUCCAUACCAGCUGUGAAUCCAUUGACAUUUCCCUCAGCAGUGGAGGGGGACUGAGUCACAACUCCUCCACUGGCCUCCUCGCCUCCUCGAAGGACGACUCUCUGACUCCCUUUGUCAGAACUAACAGUGUGAAGACCACGCUGUCAGAAAGCCCUCUCUCUUCCCCUGCUGCUAGCCCUAAGUUCUGCAGAAGUACUCUGCCCAGGAAACAGGACAGUGACCCGCACCUUGAUAGGAACACUUUGCCUAAGAAAGGACUCAGGUAUACUCCCACCUCCCAACUUCGCACACAAGAAGACUCUAAAGAAUGGUUACGGUCCCACUCUGCAGGAGGUUUGCAGGAUACCGCUUCCAAUUCCCCCUUUUCCUCUGGCUCCAGUGUGACUUCUCCCUCCGGGACCAGAUUCAACUUUUCCCAACUUGCAAGUCCCACCACUGUCACCCAGAUGAGCUUAUCCAACCCAACCAUGCUGAGGACCCAUAGCCUCUCCAAUGCUGAUGGGCAGUAUGACCCGUACACUGACAGCCGCUUCCGGAACAGCUCCAUGUCCCUGGAUGAGAAGAGCAGGACCAUGAGUCGCUCUGGCUCAUUCCGGGAUGGGUUUGAAGAAGUUCAUGGAUCCUCACUUUCCUUGGUUUCUAGCACAUCCUCAAUUUAUUCUACACCAGAAGAAAAGUGCCAGUCAGAGAUUCGCAAACUCCGACGGGAGCUGGAUGCCUCCCAGGAAAAGGUUUCAGCUCUGACCACUCAGCUGACAGCAAAUGCUCAUCUUGUGGCGGCCUUUGAACAGAGUCUUGGAAACAUGACCAUCAGGCUCCAAAGUUUGACCAUGACAGCUGAGCAAAAGGAUUCAGAACUGAAUGAGUUAAGAAAAACCAUCGAGCUACUUAAGAAACAGAAUGCAGCUGCCCAGGCUGCCAUUAAUGGAGUAAUUAACACACCAGAGCUCAACUGCAAAGGAAACGGUACCUCCCAGACUACAGACCUCCGCAUCCGCAGGCAGCACUCUUCUGACAGUGUCUCCAGCAUCAACAGUGCCACCAGCCACUCCAGUGUAGGCAGCAACAUAGAGAGUGAUUCCAAGAAAAAGAAGAGAAAGAACUGGGUCAAUGAGUUACGCAGCUCCUUCAAGCAAGCUUUCGGAAAGAAGAAAUCUCCAAAGUCAGCGUCUUCGCACUCAGACAUCGAGGAGAUGACGGAUUCUUCUUUGCCUUCCUCACCAAAGUUACCGCACAACGGCUCCGUGGGUUCCACUCCACUGCUGAGAAAUUCUCACUCCAACUCUCUCAUUUCUGAGUGCAUAGACAGUGAAGCCGAGACAGUUAUGCAGCUCCGAAAUGAGCUGAGAGACAAGGAGAUGAAGCUCACAGACAUCCGCCUGGAAGCCCUCAGCUCUGCCCACCAGCUUGAUCAGCUCCGGGAGGCCAUGAACAGGAUGCAGAGUGAAAUAGAGAAGCUAAAAGCUGAGAAUGACCGACUGAAGUCAGAGUCUCAAGGCAGCGGCUGCAGUCGGGCUCCCUCCCAGGUGUCCAUCUCAGCCUCCCCGAGGCAGUCCAUGGGCCUCUCCCAGCACGGCCUGAACCUCUCCGAGUCAACCAGCUUGGACAUGUUGCUGGAUGACACUGGUGAAUGCUCGGCUCGGAAGGAAGGAGGCAGGCAUGUUAAGAUAGUUGUCAGCUUUCAGGAGGAAAUGAAGUGGAAGGAGGAUUCCAGACCACAUCUCUUUCUUAUUGGCUGCAUUGGAGUUAGUGGCAAGACGAAGUGGGAUGUGCUCGAUGGGGUGGUUAGACGGCUGUUCAAAGAAUACAUCAUUCAUGUCGACCCAGUGAGUCAGCUAGGGCUGAAUUCCGACAGUGUGCUCGGCUAUAGCAUUGGGGAGAUCAAACGUACCAACACUUCGGAGACCCCCGAGCUGCUCCCCUGUGGCUAUCUGGUUGGGGAGAACACGACCAUCUCUGUGUCCGUCAAAGGGCUUGCAGAAAACAGCCUGGACUCUCUGGUGUUCGAGUCUCUGAUCCCCAAACCCAUCCUCCAGCGCUAUGUCUCCUUGCUGAUAGACCACCGGCGAAUUAUCCUGUCAGGUCCGAGUGGCACUGGGAAGACCUACCUGGCCAACCGACUGUCAGAGUACGUAGUGCUCCGAGAGGGCCGGGAGCUGACAGAUGGGGUCAUUGCCACCUUCAACGUGGAUCACAAGUCCAGCAAGGAAUUGCGUCAGUACUUGUCCAACCUUGCUGACCAGUGCAACAGUGAGAACAAUGCUGUGGACAUGCCUCUUGUCAUCAUCCUGGACAACCUGCAUCACGUCAGCUCCCUGGGCGAAAUCUUCAAUGGACUCCUCAACUGCAAGUAUCAUAAAUGCCCUUACAUCAUUGGCACAAUGAACCAGGCUACCUCGUCUACUCCUAAUCUACAGCUUCAUCAUAACUUCAGGUGGGUGCUUUGUGCCAACCACACGGAGCCCGUCAAGGGCUUCCUCGGCCGCUUCCUGAGGCGGAAGCUCAUGGAGACGGAGAUCAGUGGGCGGGUGCGGAAUGUGGAGCUGGUUAAGAUCAUCGACUGGAUUCCUAAGGUCUGGCAUCACCUCAACCGCUUCCUGGAGGCUCACAGCUCCUCAGAUGUCACCAUCGGUCCCCGGCUCUUCCUCUCAUGCCCCAUCGAUGUGGAUGGCUCAAGGGUGUGGUUCACUGAUUUGUGGAACUACUCAAUUAUCCCCUAUCUUCUGGAAGCCGUCAGAGAAGGACUCCAGCUCUAUGGAAGGCGGGCCCCCUGGGAAGAUCCGGCCAAGUGGGUGAUGGACACCUAUCCGUGGGCAGCCAGCCCUCAGCAGCACGAGUGGCCCCCGCUGCUGCAGCUGCGGCCGGAAGAUGUGGGCUUUGAUGGCUACUCCCUGCCCCGGGAGGGCUCAGCCAGCAAGCAGGCGCCCCCUAGUGAUGCAGAAGGAGACCCGCUGAUGAACAUGCUGAUGAGGCUGCAGGAAGCUGCCAACUACUCCAGCCCCCAGAGCUAUGACAGCGACUCCAACAGCAACAGCCAUCACGAUGACAUCCUAGACUCAUCCUUGGAGUCCACGCUGUGAUAGGGUCCUGGCCAUGGAGCCAGCCCACCACCUCUUCCCCUCACCCCACUCCACCCAUACCCACUGCUCCGUCUUGAAGAUGACUUCCUGAGCCAGCCUCCAGUCUCUAGCCGCAGCCCUUAGCUGUAGGAACACCAGUAUCUCUCGUCCCUCAGCCGUGGCCUGGGUGCAGGCCCCCCAGUGCAGCCACCUUGGGACCACUUCCUUCCGACAGUGAGAAAGAACUGCACUACGUUUUGUUUUAUUUUAAUGAUUCUCUUCUGCCUUGUUGCUGUGACCUCCCUAAGACACUGAAGAUACUUCUCGGGAAAGGAUUAUCACCAUUGACAUGAAAAGGGAAAAGAAAGAGAACCCACUAGAAGCUCUGAAGCCAAAUAACAUCUACCGUGAGCUGCCCAGGGACAGAAGAGACUGGAGCAAAGUUGGAAAAGCAGACAGCCUCGCUUCCCAUCAUCACUGACCCUCCAGACUGGGUCACGUCCAUGCCAACCCCCUCCUCCACCCAGCCAGCUGCAGAGAAAACCGGUGCUAAAUAUGGCAGUUGCUUUGGUUAACAGACUACAGAGCUACAACACAGGGAAAACUUGGGAAAAAAUGAAUGACGCUUUUUUAUUUUUUCUUUUAUUAAUGGUGCUCUCCUUCUCCGAGAGGUAUUUUUGCCUGUUUCCGGUUCAGCUGUACCUUUCAGAUCCAUCAGCCUCUGAUUAACCCAUACGUGUGAGUGAAGGAGUGAGAGAGUGAACGAGCAGAUGUGACUGGCCAUGCAGAGCGGCCCAUGUCUGUUUCCUUUUUAUGUGAUUGUGAGUCAAGUUGGUUGGUUUUCUUUUUCUCAAACACUGUGUAUGGUGAGAAUUGUUCUACUUUGAAGAACUGAGUGCCCCCUUUGAAAAUGACAUCGCAUUUCUCUUCGACUGACUCAUUGAUUUUGAAGAUGUUCCUCCCUCCUUUCGUGGUCAGAAUCAAUCCUUUGGCGAAAGUAAGAACCGCAGGAGUUGAGUUUCGGUUUGGUCCUGUUCAGUUUUUGGUUUUCAGUUGGCCAUCCGAACAGCUCCACAUGCUCACCUCCUGCUGUUGGAGCUGGGAUCUUUGUGUCUCUGUAAAGUGGACGGGGAUCCUGUCCUCGAGACACGGGCGAGCUGCGGCUAGCCCUGUCUGUCUUCCUCGUCCUGGAGGCUUUGGAGCACGUCUGUACCUCGAGCUGCCCAGCCCCGACUGCAGGUGGGUGCUGAUGUCACCUUGCAAAAAAGACUUGCACUUUCUCGGGAACCAACGCGACUCAGCAGGAGCAGAGUGGCCAUAGUUUGCCAGCAGCCCCAGCCCCGGCCUCCGUCAGGACGAGCCUAGCCUGACCUCUUCGGUGCUGACCUUCCCAAAGAGAUGCCUUACUGGUUUUGUACUAAUCGUGUCCAUUUACACGAGUGCCAUGCCUGCCUGGGGGUUCAUGUGUUGUGUUUUGUUUUCUUCAUCAAAGCAAACAGGGCUAAAAAGUCAUCUUUUCAUUAGGAGAACCCAAGUUGCUGUGAUUUUUCUCAUCUAAAAGACUCGGUUGUGUGGAUGUGUGACAUGGGGGAAAAUGAAAAGUAAAAAUAACACAUUUUUGGUUCUUGUCAGUCUCCAGCCAACAACCAGACUGGAAGAAUAAUCGGUCUGUAGGCAAUCUUUCCUACACGUCUACAUGACAUUGCCAAUAAACACCCUGAUAGAAACCCAGCUGGCCUUGUCUUCAAAAACACUGAUAUUUUCUUUCUAGAGUGUGGUAAAUCUUUGCAUUGUUUGUUUCUGUUUUGUAAAAAAAUCUUUACUGGGUCCCAGUGGGGUUUCUCUGUUAUGAUCAGGGUUUUUAGUCUCUUGCAUUUCUGUUUCUGUGGGUAGAACUUCUAGCGUUUUCCCCCUCUUCUUCCCACAAUAGCUUGACCUGAAACUGCUCACAUCCCAGUGGAUGAUAACCAUUUUCUUCCUCUUUGUAAGGAAAAAGAGGAAGUGCCCCUCUAACUAGUGAUUGCAAACCCUUCCCACUCUGUUCCUACUUUAAUCUCAGUAAACUCAGACUGUUCAGCACCUCUGUCAUUAGGCAACUGUGUGUGUGUGCAUGUGUGGCUGGUUCUGUUCUUAAUAAAAUUUUCACAUCAUAUAUUUAGCCUGUGACCAGGCAGCCAAACUAAGAGCCUUCUGGUAAACCCAAAGGGUGGCCCUUCUCAGACAACUUAUCUCCCAACAAUGUCCUUAUACUCUUAUACUGUGAAUUUGGUAGGAGAUAAAAUUAACUUUCUCCUUGUGGGCAGUUUCCCCAGUCACCUUGUGAGUAGACACCUGCCGAUAUUGUUUAAAAUUCUUUUUUUUUAGGACACCCUCUUUUUGCAAUCUUCUGUAACAGACUUCCCUCACUCUGGGUCCAGGCUCGGAAACAGGGGUUCUGGACCUGGUGCAGCCCACUGAGUGAGUGGCAAUUCCAAGUAGCAUAAACCUUGUAGAAUCCACAACUCCGUGUCCUUCCUAAAGUUUCGGGAAGCAGGGUUGUCUAAUGUGCGCAUUUCUUAUUUUGGUCAUAUUUUUACUUUAGUGUCACUCACCUUUGACAAAGUGACUUUAUGCUCGUUUAGGGCUCUACGAUGCUUCCAUUUUGCCUUUUUCUACAGUUAGGCUAAUUUUGAAAUGUAUGAAAUUCUAUGCAACAUUUAUGUUGAGUUACCAAUGGAAGCCAAAUAUUUUCUUUCCAAACUGCCAAGAAUUAUACAGGUCAUAAAUGGAUGAGAAUACCUUUUAAUUUAGGGGGUGGGGUGGGGUGGGUGUGGGGUAGGGAAGGGAUAAGGGAAAGGACUCAUCUAGACCUUUGUUAUACCUUGGGAACAGUGUUUCUUUUACUGUUAAUGCUUAAACAUCAGAGUUCUGUGUAUUCAAAUUUGUCCAAUCAUGGCGAAUCUACUUCAAAAGGAAAAAAAAAAUAAUCCAACUUUGUGGAUACUGAAUGGAAGGUUUGCAGUUUUGAUCUAGUUACUUCCAAUGGAGUGGUUUAUGAAAUAUGUUCUAUAAGAUGUACAUUUUUUCAUUGUAACAUAGAAAUGUAAAUAAUUGAUUAAAGUGCUGCAUUUUGAUGAAUUUUUUCUAGCCAUUUUUAAAGAGAAAACUAGGAAUUGAGUAUUUUGUGUACGGUAUGUCUCCUUCCUCCUUCCCUCCCCGUCUUCUCCCUCCCUCCUCCCCUUCCUAUUUAAUUUUCAUUUGUCAUGAGGUUUUGAAUUUGCCAAUGAUCGAUUGGAGAUCAUGCCCCACAUCAUAGAGAAUAAAGCUGAUGAUUGUACCAGUCUUAAAUUAUUCAUGAUUCAAUAAAAUCGAUGCUUAUUUAUUCAGA